AUGGCUGAAGCUCGUCUUGCCGUAUCGAAGAUUAAAGUUGAUUAUCACGCUUCGGGAACGAGCACAGCUGAAGCAGAAGCCGAGUUUUUGAAGUAUUUUUACAAGUCAACAAAGAAGUGUCUUCGACGUACUAGGUAAAAAUAUCAAUGUGCACAGUACCGUUCUGCUGAAACAUACCAUUUAUUCAUCAUAUCUUGUGCUUUAAUUAAACGCUGUAUUUAUUAGUAAAUAUUUUAAUAUUGCUUUUAACAAAGUAAAAACAGCAAAAAAACGUAGUAAGAAACGGUAUUUAAUAUACUGGUACAAAUUUAACAAAUAUGACCUGUGGUUUACACAUGAAUGAAUAUUUCAAGCUUCUGAUAUUUUGUGAAAUAAAUAUUUAAACGUAUACAUAAAUUCUUGUUGUUGAACUGUCCGUGAAGUAGAAUAAAAUUGCUUUUAGGUUUGUUUACAAAGACUGAUGUAGUUUGUAUAAACUAUAAGUGUUGUUUUGAUAUAUCUGGUCACGCGUCUGCGAGUUUAGACUCAAGAGUUUAUAUUUCCUGUCUAUAGCUGUUUCAGUCAUCGCUGUUCAGUUUGUAAUGUGAAAACAGUAUAUAGGUUUUUGCUUGUGUAUUGUAUUGUUGGUUAUGUAAACUCCAAAAAUAUAUACACUAAAAGAUGAAACAUAAUAUUUUUAAUCACAUGAAAGACAACGUGUGUUUUGACCACCAUGUUUUUUUGGUGCCGCCCACCUACCCUCCCCGGUACUCAGUUAAAGUGGCUCACUGGUGAUUGGUGCCUGGAGGUGCCAUCACAAAUGACAGUAAACUGUUGUGGUUUGUGUCUGAACUCUGAACUAUCAGAAAAAGAUAUCUCAAACGUGUCCAGUGUUGGUAGUAUUCUACAAUAUUAACAUGCUUCCAUUGGUGGGGAUGCAACUGCCUGGAAAAUAUAAGGAGAAUUUCGAUGUUUUGAGCGAAGGCCCUUGUGUAAUGGUUUGUGUCUGAACUACCUGACAAAGAUAUCUCAAUCAUUGUGGGUCCAGUGUAGGUAGUAUUCUACAAUAAGCUGUUGUGGUUUGUGUCUGAACUACCUGACAAAGAUAUCUCAAGCUUGGUGGUCCAGUGUAGGUAGUAUUCUACAAUAAGCUGUUGUGGUUGAGGCCUUUGUCAAGACGCCAGUAGCUCAAAAACAUUGAAGUAUUUUUAUUACCUCCGCCAGGAGGUUAUGUAAUCAUCUGGGUUUGUGUGUAUGUGUGUGUGUUUGUCUGUGAGCACGAUAACUCAAGAAAUACCAAACAUAUUCAUACGAAAUUUUUUUAAUGCAUUUCCCAUCGGCUAAGGAAGAACUGAUUAAAAUUUGGUUGAAUUUGGUUAAAAAUUGAACGAGAAAUGAACAAAAUUUUGUCUUGCUUUUCUCGGUCAAUUAAAAAAAAACUCACUGAAUGCGUAAUUAGGACGUGUAUAAUGUAUGCACGCAGUACUAAGAAGACAAUGAGAUGAUAAACCUCAUUAAGCUUCAGCCUUCAUUAUCUAUUGUCUUAGUUGCAUUUCACACGACCGAAAUUUAAUGUGGACGGAGGUAUGCAGUCUCUGAGUACCCUCUAGUUACUUAUGUUAUUAUCCAUAAUAUAUAGAGCUCAAAUUUCCAAUGGACUCUGGCCAACUUCACCCAGUUACCUGGUUGUGACAUGGAUUAUUCUAGCCAGCAUGCUAUACUGGGAUAACCUAUACGUCAAACCUAUCACAUCAAGACUCUGGGCAUUUGGUGAUCUCAUUUAUCUCGACCAAUCUUACCACCUACUGCUUCGGAUCUUCUGUAUUUCCUUAUUUGUGGCAAUCGGAUUUUUUAUUGUUCUCUGGUAUGCACGACAAUAUGCACUGCGGAUGUUGCUUUCCUACAGAGGAUGGAUGUGUAAGUGUGUAUGAAACAUAGCUGUAUGUAGGAGUGGAUGCUAAACCCCCCUUUGUAAUUGGAUCAUUCCAGAAAACAUCCAUCCCCCGAUACAACAUGGAUGUGAAUGUUGUCAAUGGCUUGUGAAAUGUCUUGAUGAGAACAUUUGUAUUCACCCAGUCCUCAUGUGAAAAGAGUAAAAAGUCAACACUCUGCCGAAAGUUGUACAGUAGAUUUUCUCCCAGUACUCCGGUUUCCUCCCAGUACUCCGGUUUCCUCCCAGUACUCCGGUUUCCUCCCACAGGGAAAGUUGACAGGGUGGGUUAGGUAAAAGGGCCCACAGUAAUGGGCGCUGUUGUGGUGACCCUGCCCUAGUUGGCAAAGCUAAAUAAAUUAAAUCUAAAAUUUAUAUAAAUCAGCAUGAUUCUUGUAUCAGAUAUACAAACUUUGUUCAUGGUCAUGAUUUUGUUUGUGUUAUCUUCAUGCAUUGUUAAUGAUUUUCACAAAUAAUAAAGUAAGGCAGACUGGAGUGGCUAACAAUGCCCAAACCCUUUAAGAAAAAGCUGUCUUGUUUUUAUAGAUGAAAAUCCUCGCAGUCAGAGCUACAAGACAUUAUUAUGGGGUGCUCUUGUUCGUAUCAUUGGUGGUGCACACCCCCGUCUAUACAGCUUUCAGAACAGCCUGCCUCGCAUGCCUGUACCUGCAUUACGGGAUACAUGUCAAGGAUUCCUCAAGUCUGUCAAACAUAUCCUGCCUGAGAAUGAGUACAAGGAGAUGGAAGAACUGGCCAAGGUCAGCAAGUUUUAUUUCUUAAAAUUGCAGUUGCCAUAGAGUAUUUUAAUAAAACACAAAACAAUAGACACUUCGAAAUUAAAAUUGUAAACAUUUUUAUUCUUUACGUUUCGACUAUAAUUUAAGUCAUCUUCAGAAGAAGACUGAAAUUAUAGUCGAAAAGAAUAAAAAUGUUUACAAUUUUCGGAGUGUCUAUUGUUUUGUGAUUUAUUAUUUCUUAAACAUUGAUCAAUUUUUAUAUGACAGUCGUUUGUUGGUGGGUCCGACCCUUGUAAUUGUCCUUGACAUAAUUGCAUUGUUCCAAAAAAUGUCCACACUCCCCCCAAUGAGGAAAUUUCUGCUGUCCAGGGGGGGGGGGAGGGAAGUGCAGUAGGUUGACUGCCAUAUUGAAAUGCUCCUAUGUACCAUUAGUUUUUUUUUUCAACAUGUAGGAUUUUGAACAGAAUCUUGGUCCAAAACUGCAGUUUAUUCUGCAGCUGAGAUCGUGGUUUAGAGGGAACUAUCACACAGACUGGUGGUAAGGCAAUUUAUCAUAUUAUUUAUAAAAACAAAUGAAUGCUGAACGAAUUCCCUAGUUAAAAUAAUGUACUUAUGUACGCAUUUCGUUCCUAUUUUUACUUAUGUACUCAUUUGUACCUAUUUUACGUAUUUUCACUCGUGUACGCGCGACGUACCUAUUUUUACGUAUUUUCACUCGCGUACGCGCGACGUGCCUAUUCCUAGGGAGAAGUACGUCUAUCUGAUGAACAGGGAGCCAAUAGCAAUAAACAGUAACUACUACUGUUUCGAUCAUGCUUUCUGGAAACCAACUGGCAUUCAAACUGCAAGGUAAUGGAGAUUCGCCUAAUACACGUUUCCGGAAAGUACAUCACCACGGUUAUGGAGCCCUUUUUUCACGAUUUACAAGUUGGACUGUAAUGCCACAUACACGAAAACGAAGCUCUGUAGCCACUUCGGAAAUGUUGACACUGAUAAGAGGGACCAAAUUAAACUGUAUUUCUUUCUAUUCGAUUUAUUUGCCAUCAAGUACAGGACUAAAAUACUACAAGAAUGGACCAUUUGCAUUAUAGACUAAAUUUUGAUCUAGACAAAAAUUUCAUCACAGCUUGAAAGAGCAUCACAAAAUUAGUACUAUUCCAAAGUUUCGUUGCGAAAUGUUGUAAAAUGCGGAUAAUAUAGCCUUGCGAAGUUUGCCGUUUUUCAGUCAUUUUGUAUUACGCACGGGAAAUUGACAGCCCAAUCGGGUGUUGGGGCAUCAAUUUCCCGUUUGUAAUCUAAAACGAUUGAAAAUUGCAAAUUCGCAAGGCUAUAUUAAGGCCUGAUUCCACGGGCGCUUUUUCUCGGCGAAAUGCGAAAUAUUUCGCCUGUUUCUUUUGAAUUGCGACCACUCUAAUAAAUUAUUUCUACUUGAUUGCCCACAAUUCAAAAGAAACAGGCGAAAUAUUUCGCAUUUCGCCGAGAAAAAGCGCCCGUGGAAUCAGGCCUUAAUCUGCAUUUUACAACAUUUCGCAACGAAACUUUGGAAUAUUACUAAUUUUGUGAUGCUCUUUCAAGCUGUGAUGAAAUUUUUGUCUGGAUCAAAAUUUAGUCUAUAAUGCAAAUGGCCAUUAACAUUAUUUUCUCGCUCUAAUAACAUCCAGUUGCUAAGUUGAUCACCAUAUGUAGUCAUAGUAGUGCUUAGUGAAACCUACCUAUAGAAACUUUGAGAACCACAGCAUGUUGUUUGUACUAAUAUGAGAACUUCGUGUCUAGAGCUGCUGUGAUUUCAUUUCUACUUCUUGAGUAUCGUCAUCAUGUGGAAACUGAAGAACUAGAGCCGCUGAUCAUCAGAAAUACAAUACCUUUAUGUAUGGGGCAGUAUGAGAGAACCUUCAAAACGACAAGGUCAGCCUUCUUUCUUAAAUAGACCAGUGAUUGGUAUAUUAGUCAGACAAGUUAAUUACCAUUCAUUAUAUAUAAUUACCAUUCAUUAUAUAUCAAUGAUAGAAUUCCCGGUGAGGAGAUUGAUGAGAUAGUCCACUAUGAUCACUCAUUUAACGAGGUACGUUGAACGAAUUAAGUCAUUAUUUUCCACAAGUUUUUGUGUCUUCACGUAUGGUUUUAUUAUAAUGAGACUGAGUGUCUCUGUAGGACAUCAUUGUAAAGCGCUGUAAGAUACAGUAAACCAGAGAACUUUAAGAUUCGACCCACACCACCAGUUACUAUUCCAACCCUGUUGAGAAGCAAUACUUAGUUCAAAUUUUGAAUUUUGCCAGCAUCUGGCUGUGUUCUGUAACGGGAACUUCUACCAACUGAAAGUUUCGGACAGUUAUGGUUCACCAAUAACGUUGUUGGACCUUGAAAGUCAGCUGGAGUGGAUCAAACAUGACGCGCAUCAUUCAGAUAGUGAGUAGUACAUGUUCAUGUAGCAAACCUUUUUUGUUAUUUUUCUUUAUUCCUGUAAUUUUUUUAAUUUUAUAAACUUUGUCACAAUAUAAAUUACACAAUCUAAAUACUUUAAUGACUAUAACACAUCCCGAGCUAUUCCUGCAUGUAUUAAUUUCAGAGAUUCACAAACUGUUGAAACCAUAUUAAAGCAGACAUGAAAACCAGCAAGAUAGCUCGAGAUGCAAGAUAGCUCGAAAUGCACUAGAUCUAACAAUACAACAAUUUACAACAAUUGUUGUGACAGGGUAUUCACAACAGCUUUUGGCCAAUUACUGUGAUUCCAUUAGACAACAAACAAAUUAUCUUAAACUGUACAAAAGCAUUUACAUAGUCCCUACAGAGUGCACUUCUUGUUAUAGUCAAUAAAGAUACCCCAGCAGGAUGUAUUCCAGCAUUGACAAGUCUUCCACGAACCGAGUGGUAUAAUAUUCGUAAAGAGCACUUCUCUGAUGGUAUCAACAAAGAUUCCUUGGAUGUCAUUGAUAGAGCUUUGUUUGUUGUAAGUUGUGCUGAUCAUGUACGAAAUAAAUUAUAUUUGAAAUAAAUAUAUUUUACGGACUUGGACAACCUCGGGACUUGCGUUCUCGUUCCAAAUAUCACGUCAUGUUUUUUCUAGCUUGUAUUGGAUGAACAUGAGAUCACAGAUCUGAGUAGUCGUGGUAAAUACCUGCUUCACGGUGAUGGUAAGACAUUGUGGUUUGACAAAAGUAUGUGUGUUGUUGCUUUCGCUGAUGGUAAGCUGGGUACGAAUGCUGAACACUCGUGGGGAGACGCUCCAGUUAUUGGACAUAUGGUCGAGUAUACAGUGACUGAAGAGUAAGUACUGAAUAUAGAGAAACCUAGGAAUUCAUUGGUUUUAGUAAGCGUCACAAUUGACAAUAAUCUGCUACACAACAGUGCUUAGUUAAACUCACCUACAUCGCUCCUUUUACAGUAAUCCAGAAUACAAUGCUUCAUUGUUUUUUAGGUUUAUAUACCGAACUUACAACGACAAGGGAAGAUGCAAACCUUUUGGUAAAUUUCAUAAAUCCAAAGGAGACGUGGCCAAUCCGAAGAAACUGUAUUUUGACAUCACUCAGAAACUUGAGUCGCAUAUCGAAGAUGCUGUGUCCCGUGCUAUCAAGGUCGGUAUUCACAAUCUCAGGUGCAGUGAAUCCCCAAAUGCAGUGGAAACAUUGUAACAUUGAGCAGCUGCGGAUAGGGAUACAACUACCUGAAAAAUACAAGGAGAACUUCGACGUUGCGAGCGAAGGCCCCGACGAAGUGCCUUCGCUCGAAACGUCGAAGUUCUCCUUGUAUUUUUCAGGUAGUUGUAUCCCUAUCGAUCUGAAGCUUUCUUGGCACAGACCGUUCAAAUUUACGUUUGUUUCUUACUUUUUCAGCAAAAUGACGAUCUACAACUCCGUGUUUUAGUUCACGAUAAGGUUGGCAAAGGAUUUAUUAAGAAGUGUAAGAUAAGUCCUGAUGGUUUCAUUCAAGCGGCAUUACAGCUAGCUUACUACCGAGACAGCGGAGGACAUCUGCCUCUCACAUACGAGGCGUCUAUGACAAGAUUGUACUUACAUGGAAGGACUGAAACUGUCCGAUCAUUGACUGACGAAUCCAGAGCAUUUGUUUUGUAAGUUGGUCCAUUUGUUUUUCGCCAGCCCUCUUUUAAAUAGUUCCCAUUUCUAAACUGUUCUCCAUAGAGGUCCAGGGCAAAGUGAGAUUUGUAAGGGCCAUCCGAGGUCACUUUCACUGGAGCAGGAAACUGGAGAAUCUGGAAAAUGUUUUUAAAAAUUCUAAAUUCCGAGAAAUUUUUAAAAAUUCUGAGAAUUUAAAAAAAAAUUAAAAAAUUCUGGAAAAUGUUUAAAAUUUCUGAGAACACGACGAAAACCUGCGGUCUUUGGUCUUUGUCGCAUGCAAACUACUCACAACUUGAGUUGUAUUGUGUAAAUGAAGCACACAACUUGCUUACGUUGUCGUAGAUGAGUUGUGUGUUUGAUUUACACAGUACGACUCAAGUUGUAAGCAGGUUGCAUGCGACAGUUUUAGCAAAAGUUGUGUACUGUAAAUCGGCCUGUUGAGUGAAACUGGUGUCCUGUUCUCUGGAGUCCUGUUCUCUGGAGUCCUGUUCUCUGGAGUCCUGUUCUCUCAUGUGACUGACGUGAAAUUCUAGUCAGAAACUACAUUCUAGUCAGAAACUACAAAUCGAACCUCGUUGACAGAGAUCCACAUGCGCUAACCAUUGUGCGAUCUCGUUCUUGUAGAGCAAUGGAGAAUCCUGAGCUUUCGGCGGAGGAGAAAAUUAAAUGUCUUCGCGCUAGUGUAAAACGACAUCAGGUAUUAAUCACAAAGAAUAUUUGACUCUUGCAGUAUUCCAAUCUAGUUCUAACCACGUGUUUCUGUCCAGGUGCUUUACAAGGAUUGUAUGAAUGGCAAGGGAAUAGACAGACAUUUGUUUGCACUCUUCGUCGUUUCAAAAGGACAAGGACACGUAAGCCUCUCAUUUCUUCAUUCCUUUCUUCGUUCUUCCUUUCCUCAUCUUGUGUCUCUUUAGGAUUGCGACUUCUUGAAGCGAGCACUCACGUUGCCUUGGACACUGUCAACAAGUCAACAACCACAACAGCAAAUGUUUAAAAUUCCUGGCUGUUUCAUUUCCGAUCCAGCGUUUCACGAUCUGGUAAGAAAUGAGCUAAAUAUACCUUGAUGCGUCUUCACGGCGUCCCUGGUUUAAACCGGGCUAUUCUUAUUACUUUGCACAUCGUGUGUUAACAAUGCAUUACUUUUAGGCUGUAGCUCUACACACGUAAAAACGCUCAAGUUGUUAAAGAUCUGCGAAUAAGUUCUAACAAGGUUGUUGUGAAGCCGGUAUCAGGAUGUGUUCGCACUGCUUGUUCCCAGUUGUUGUGACAAGUUGUUAUCACCUUGUUACGAGGUUGAUGAUGGUAACUAUAGGUUGAUGAUAGGCUCGCUACAAGUUGUUCCAACAAGACUGAUACAGGCUGGUCGUAACAAGUUUUUACCAGUUUGUUGUCAUCAACUUGUUACGGCGUGCAGACGAUAUCAGACUUGUUGCGAGUCCGUUGGCGUCAUCGACCUUGUCACAAGAUGAUAAUAACGUGUUCCAGACUUGUCAACAACUGGGAACAUAGCCUGCGAACAGGCUCUCAAGCUGAGAGCCUGUUCGCAGGCUACUGGGAACACGCAGUGCGAACACAUCAUGUUUACAAGUUGUGAGAUAAUCACGCGUGUACUUUGAUAUAGAUCUGUCCAGGAGGUGGGUUUGGUCCAGUGUCAGAUGAUGGAUAUGGUGUAUCGUAUAUGGUCCCAGAUGAGAAGUAUUUCUUCUUCCAUAUCUCAUCCAAGAGAUCCUCUGUGCAAACAGACUCCGAGAGGUUCAUCAACCAUGUUCUCAACAGUUUGGAUGAGAUGAAAGCAAUGUUCGUUGAAGUCGAGGAGAAGCAGAAACAGGAAAACAAAAAGGAAGACUAA